CUAUCUAAGUAUGACACUUAUAAUCCUCAAGUAUAUGGUGAUCCAUCCAAGUUGGUACAUAUGGAUCUGCAAGAUCUCCACCCAACAUCUUGGUUUGCGGUUGCUUGGUAUCCUAUAUAUACAAUUCCUGAUAAAGGUACUAAUCUUCGUGCUGCAUUCUUGACAUAUCACUCUUUUGGUCAUCUAGUUCUGAGACACAUACAGUCAGAUGCUUUGGGGGGCAAUGCCUUUUGUGCUGUCGCCCCAGCACUUGGAAUGCAGACCUACAAUGCAAAGGAGGAGGGCUGGUUAGAUGUGACCACUCCACCAGAAUCACUACUAGAAGUUGGGAUUAACCUUGAUAGUACCAGAAUUGUGGAAGAAAGAGUAAGGGCUCUCCAGGAAACUGCUGUACUCUAUUCCACUGGGAAUGUUCGCAAAAACCAGAAAACAGUCUCUAACAGGCUCAGGCACCGAGAUUUUGAGUUUUUUUCUUCCCGGAGUCUGUGAUGUCCUGUUAAUUCAUCUUUCACUUUCUACCAUUCCCAUCUCCUCAUUGCUCAGUGUUGAACUUCCUUUUUGUUAGUUUAAACAACAGAGAACAUCAAGAUAAAAGUUAGAGAUAUAGGUGACGAACAGCAUGACAGUAAAUGAAAGUCAGGCGGGCCUUGUAAACAAUUAGACAUUGGUGGCCUCAUGUAAAAAAACAUAUGUAAACAUGUUUGUAGAAUUGUAGCUGUAAUUGUAGCUUGGCUGAUAUCAGUCAACUCUAUUGUUAACUUUUCU